AUGUCGUCUCGCGCCCUGGAAGAGAGAAGAGAACUCUACAGGCAGGGCCGACGCUGCGGCCAACCGAUCCCCACCAUCGGUGAAGACCUCACUGCCCAGCCCACCGAGCCCUCUACAGGCGAUAUGUCCGCUCAGCGCACCGAUAAGAAGAAGAAAGGUCCCGCCUGGCCCAAAUCGCCCUCACCAAACGAGUACUACAUGCUCGAAUUCGAAGAAGAGCUCGCAGCACAGUCUGGUCCCGCCACGCCACUCCAAAUCCAGCGCUUGAUGGUGUAUCGCAGCGCGGCGAAGAAUACGGAGGGAGUGUGGACGAGAGAAGUGUUUAAGUGGUACGAGGCGAAGCGCGAGGAGGAGUGGGUGCGCGAUGGAAUGCCGCUUGUAAAGGGGAGUUUGGCGGAGCGCAUACUUAGUGGGACUGGGGGGUUCACCUCCAUUGAUGAUGUUCCCGCAACCGCGUUCAACGAUAUCCCUCCCGACGGCGACAACGACACCUCGCGCGACGACGAUACGCCUUCGCAAUGUUGUUUUGAUGUCCAGGCUGAUGGAUCGAUCAUUCUCCACUGCAAGGAGAUGGCUGCGACUGAAGCACUGCCGUUCCAGGUGCCGGAGAUCACGGACCGAGAGAAGGCGCUCAUGGCGCGCGGCGUUGAGCUGGGGAUUCACGAUGGGAAGGGUAUGGAGGAGGAUUUGCCUGAUGGUGCUGCUUGGGACUGGAGCAAGAUCGACGAUGAAGACGACGAAGAUGGUCAGAGUGGGUCAGAAGCAAGCACGAUCAAGGAGGAGGGAAGCGAGGACGAUGCAGGCAAGAUGAGUAACGAGGAAUAUGUGGCAGGUAUACUCGGCUCGCUGCAGCUCUCGUGA